AUGAAGGGUUUACCAGUUGAUACACAAAUUGAUUUUGAAGGAGGCCUUCUCACUACCACUCCCCACAGUUGUAUUAAUAAAUGGGAUAAUUUUGGCAUCGCUGAUCCAUCCAUAUCACAUAAAAAUUUUUUGAGGAAAUGGAAUCGUCUAUCCCGUCUCCAAAGGUCAUUAGUAUACGCAGUAUUUAUCAUAGCUGUCACACUUUUAGUGAUAUUGUAUAAUUCUAAAGUGGGAUCAACAGAUUCAAUUAAGAAGAGUGAAAAAAAAUCAAUACAUGAUAAUCUUCAUAAUGCUUCUCUAGUCAAUGAGGAAGCUGCAGCAAUUGUUCAGGCCAAAAAGCCUGCUGUUGAAUUUGAAACAAAUGACAGGCCCACUUUUACAGGGCCUACGAACGCACGUCAGUAUGCCGUAGUGGAGAGCUUCAGGCACGCGUGGAGGGGAUACAAGGAGCACGCUUGGGGCCACGACAACCUGAAACCGGUUUCUGGAAUGGCCUACGACUGGUUUUCACUGGGCCUCACAAUAGUCGACGCACUGGAUACCGCCUUCAUCAUGGGACUAACUGACGAAUACAACGAGGGUAAGGAGUGGAUAAAAGACGAACUGAUAUUCACCAAGAAUAAAGACGUGAACUUCUUCGAGGUGACGAUCAGAGUGCUCGGCGCCCUGCUAACCAACUACCAUUUCACACAGGACAAAGUUUUCCUCAGCAAAGCCAAAGACCUCGGCGACCGUCUGAUGGCGGCCUUCUCCUCGCCAUCGGGGAUCCCCUAUUCGGACGUGAACCUCGGCACCAGGGCGGCGCAUGCGCCCGAGUGGUCCCACUACAGCACCACCGCGGAGGUGACCACGGUCCAGCUCGAGUUCAGGGAGCUGUCCAGGGCCGCGGACAACCCCGCUUACGAGGAUGCCGCCGCGGCCGUCUCCGAGAAGAUCCACCAGCUGCCGAAGAAGCACGGGCUGGUGCCGAUAUUCAUAAACCCGAACUCGGGACACUUCCUGCCGCACGCCACCAUCACCCUCGGCGCCAGGGGGGACAGCUACUACGAGUACCUGCUGAAACAGUGGCUCCAGACCGGCAAGACCAUAAACUAUCUACUGGACGACUACAUGACCGCUAUAGAAGGCGUUCGCGAAUUUCUAGCGAAGCGCUCCUCGCCGAACAAGUAUCUGUUCAUCGGUGAACUUUCCGCAGGCUCGGAGGCCUUCAACCCGAAGAUGGACCAUUUGACGUGCUUCCUGCCGGGCACGCUCGCGCUCGGCCACGCGAACGGCCUACCCGACUGGCACAUGGCCAUGGCCGAAGAGCUGCUGUACACCUGCUACUUAACUUACGCCGCCCACCCUACGUUCCUGGCACCGGAGAUAACGCACUUCAACCUCGCCAGCACAACGGACGAUAUGUACACGAAGACAGCAGACGCUCAUAGCCUGCUGCGUCCAGAGUUCAUCGAGAGCCUCUGGUACAUGUACCAGAUAACUGGCAACACCACAUACCAGGACUGGGGGUGGCAGAUAUUCCAGGGCUUCGAGAAGUACGCCAGAGUUGAGAAUGGUUAUUCUUCACUGGCCAAUGUGAAAUCGGAGAGACCGGUGCACCGAGACAUGAUGGAAUCUUUCUUCCUCUCGGAGACUCUCAAGUAUCUUUAUCUGCUGUUCAGUGACGACCGGCUCCUAUUAGAUCUUAAUAAAUACGUCAUAAAUACGGAGGCUCACCCCUUGCCCAUCCAUAAAAAU